AUGGAAUUGAUGCACGCAGUUCAGUCAGCGGCGGCCGAUUGGGCAGUUUAUCAGGUGGUGACCACCAACACAUCUGAGCAAAUCACAGACGAGAUCUUGAAAUCCGCCCUGGCGACCCGGCGUUCCUUUCAGUUGGUGACCAAGCGAAAGCCGUCUGCUGAGCCGAAAGUCCGGCGGGACCACGAGUGGAAACAUAUGUCUUUAACCAGACUGUGGAGCUGGUCUCGUUGGCCCGGAGCCCCUUUGUCCGACCAUGCCUUGUGGCUUGCACUGAGAGACUUAGGGCGAUCACGAGUCCUCUUGAGGGAGCGUCCUUCCAUCGAGCUCUCCGCCGCGCUGCUAUCUUCCAUCUGCGACGGUUUCGGGCCCGCAAAUGUCGAGGGGAUUUUCCGCGAGAUUCUCACGCUUCGACCAAACGCCGUCAUCCCGGAAGAUGUUCUCUUCUCGCUAACGGGCCCGGACUGGGACGAUGACAAGCUGGCCUCAUUCCAGCUUCUUCUCACGCAUGAGCCCCAGGUCCCAGUGACGGAGCGCGUACUGGAACAGGCCGUCGCCCUGGGAUUCCGCUCUAUCCACCUGCUCAAGUCCGUUCUCCAUGCUCGACCAUCACUUCAAAUCAAACCAUCCGUGAUCUGCCAGGUUGCCUACUACAAGGAUUCUGCACUUGGUCCCGAGGAGUACGGAAAGAUCAUGCGUGAGGCCUUAGCACGAUCCAAGGGCUUUCCCUUGGGCGAGAGUGAGAUGCUUGCGAUCAUAGCCGGGUGCUGGCCCGACAGUCUCGGGAUCAUUUUGUCGGAGAGACGGGACGCGGUGGUCACGGAACGAGUCAUUGCGCACCUCGUAGACCACCGGACUCCAAACUGGGACUGUGGUGCCAACGUUCCGGCCUUCGAUUUGUUGUUGGAUCGGGCGGGCGUGUCCGAGGCUAGACGUCCGGAAUGGGAACUUCGCUUUCCGGAUCUAGGCGGCCAGUGCCACCACCCACAGGGUGAAGUCUCCGCUCCCGCCGGCUCCUCGAGGAUUGAUUCCUUGUUCAGGAACGAGUCUGAUGAUGAGGAUGAGGAUGAUGAUAAAAGCGAGAGCUCGGUGUAG